ACGGACUGCCACGGACAUCCUGUGUAUGCUGGCGGACACCCACAGACGUCCUGUGUGUACUGAACAGACAGCCCACGUGGGCCAAAAUCACCCGAACAGUCCACGGGAAGGGCCAGCGUGCUGGGUUCAAGGACCAGCGUGCUGAUAUGUGUACUGAUGGACAGCCACGGACGUCCUGUGUGUGCUGACGGACACACAUGGACACACACGAACAGCCACGGACAUCAUGUGUGUGCUGACGGACAGCCACAAACAGCCACGGACGUCAUGUGUGUGCUGGCGGACACCCACGGACGUCCUGUGUGUACUGAACAGACAGCCCACGUGGGCCAAAAUCACCCAAACUGUUGUAGGCACAGAAACCGUACCUGAACCAAUGCUCAGCCAGAUAAGCAACAACUGCCACAACUACCUCACUAGAGCUACCUGCGACCAAGGUUCAUUCAAAGAGGUGCAUCUCAACAACCAGAAGGAAUUUUGGCAUGAAACCAAUUUUCACAGAAGCCCAGAUCAAUCAAUCAUCACUGAAGCUUGGAAUUACAAGAAAAUCUUCGUGGAUGAAAAAGUUAUGAAUUUUACAAAUUGGACGUUUCCCAGCCCAUCCGUUUGCGAGUAUCGGCACUUAGAAGAGAAAUUCAGCCAAACCAAGAAGCGGCCCGGGCCAAAUUCAAUUAUGGAUCUCAAGAGGGAUCUUUUGUGGAUCCGACAAGCCAAGAAUCAGGAGAAAAGGCUCAGUGAAGUUGAAGAUAUAACCAUUUUCCCAAACCCGGUUAUAAGGAGCCGAUUAUGGAAAGAUUGCAUAAUCAGUUGGUCCAACCAUUUCCAAAUCGAGAUCAGGCAACCAAGACAUAACCUACACGAUCCAAGAAUUCCAGAAGACAUUCCAGAAGAGUUUAGAUGGACCAGCAUGCAGAGGAACAGGCGAAUCUUCGUGGCCAACAACUUUCCUUUUUCGGCCAUGUUCACACUAGGAGGAGUAAAUGUGUUUUCACUACAACUCUUUGAAGACCAACGGCCAUAUUCUUUCAUAUGUGGACUAAGGAGUAUUUCAGGAAGGCUUCCAGAUCAUGGGCAUAUCCAGAAGCUGUCUAGAUACAAGGCUCAAUCAAGUUUCCUUUUGGAGAGGCUCAAAUCAAGCCUAACGGCUAGAUAUCUUCAAGGAGCCUAGCUUAUGAUUUUUCUACUUAAUUUUCGUGUACUUUGUUUCCUUUUGAGUCAUAGGAACGUUAUAGUAGUCCCAGUGUCGAGCCUAUAUAAGCUCAGGUCAUAGUUCAUUGUAAAGUACCCUUGAUCAUUUUUAAAGUAAUAAGAAAUCGUUUUCUUUUAAA